AUGCCGUCGAAGACCGCGCGCGCGCCCGAGAUGCUCCCGCACUUUGCGUACAUGUCGAUCAGCGAGUUGGCGACGCCGAGGUCUGACGUUAGGCCCGUCCUGAUGGCGCCUCCGUGGAGCUGCUGCCCGGCGGGAAGGGACGCCAGGCUGGCGGCGGCGGAUAUUGCGGAGGUGAGGGUGAAGGAGUUGGGGGAAGGGGAAUUGAGGGAGAAGGGUGAGGGCCGAGUGAGGGUCGGGCUUCUCGUGGCCCGCGAUCAUCGUGUUCCAAGUGAUUAUGUCUCGUUCUUUUAUAGUGUGGAAGAAGCGGGUGGCGUCGGGUGGGCCCGCGCAACGGAAGUACAUGUCGAGGAUGGAGUUCAUGAUGGGGAUGUUGGAUUCGAAGCCGCUCUUGAGUACGGUGGCGUGUAUUUGCUGACCGUAGGGUUGGGAGCCGACCGAGGCACAGGCUCGGAUAGCGAUGGAGACGUUGAAUGGGUUCAGUUCAGCCUCCUCCUGUUUUUUCGGUUAAUAGAUGAGUUUGAGCCCGCCAUGGCCGUCCCCCUUAUGCGUAUAGCCCGUGAUCAAAGAAGUCCACGAAACCGAGUUCUUAACCUCAAUCUCCUCAAAAACUGCAUGGGCCGGGCCCAUGCAGCAGCAGCAGGCGGCGUACAUGUCCAAUAG